AUAACUAGGCAUAGGCAGGAGGGGAGGCAAUGGCAGGAAAGGGUCAGGAACUUUCUGAACUGAGGGAAGUGUUUGUGCAGAGAUCGUGGACAGGAAGAAGGUUUGCAUUUUAGAGGAAAUGAAAGCGUGUCAGUGAGGCUAAGGUGCAGAAGAAGUGAGACUGGGGUGCAAGAUGACCUUCAACCGUGGACCAAAGCUGGGCCAGGCAUGAUCUUGUAGGUCAUGCCAACCACUUUGUUCUGGAAGAAAGCUGUUUCAGGAGAUCAGGCACAAGGUUGGGCGAUGAAGCUGGAAAUGUAAAGGGAGCCCACCUGAGAGAAAAUUAAAAAGAAGUAAACUAGAGGCAAGCCGGCAACAGACCAAAUCAAAGAAGUGGAGAGGUAACAGAGUGUUUUCAAGGCUCUGACCACAGCAGCUCGAAAUUGGACAAAGGACACAACUCCGUGCCUAUUUUUAAAGUGAAACCACAGUUGGGAAACUUCCCAUACUCGCUCCCAGCCUCUACCCGGAAACAGGAGGUGGAGACAAGCGGGGUAUGAACUUUACUGCAGGAAGCAGCUGCGUCAGGACUCCCUGGACCCGAGCCACUGCUCAGCGCUACCGCUACCGGCACCUGACAGGAGAAACAAGUUCCCGGGAAGCUGCAGCGGGAGUGCAGCGCUAGUUUGAGCUCAAGAACUGGAGCCAGCGGGCCAGGCGGGGACAUUCGGGACUUGGAGGCGGAGGGAACGCAGCGAGGAGGUUGGGGGUUCCCGCUCCAGGAGCGGGGAGCUCGCUCCGCGAGCCCACGCCCAGCAACAUGGGCCCCCUGCUGUUCCUGCUGCUUUUGGGGCUCCACAAGGUUUCAGGAAGUUCUGAGCUCUUGCAAAGAAGUUUCCCGUUUCAUGGACUGCAGAUCUCCUCCUUUGUCAGCAGCAGCCAGGCACGCACAGACUGCUUGGCGUGGCUGGGGGAGCUGCAGACCCACAGUUGGAGCAAUGACUCAGACUCCAUCCGCUUCCUGAAGCCCUGGUCCCAGGGCACAUUCAACCUCCAGCAGUGGGAGCAGGUGCAGAAUGAGCUUUGGGUUUAUCGACUCAGUUUCACCAGGGACAUUCAAGAUUUUGUCAAACUGCUGAAGCUAACCUACCCUAUUGAGCUUCAGGUGUUUGCUGGCUGUGAGAUGCACCCUGGCAAUGCCUCAGAAAGCUUCUUCCACGUGGCCUAUCAAGGAAUGCACGUUUUGAGUUUCCGAGGAACUUUGUGGGAGGCAGCUCCAGGGACUCCGCCGUUUGUAAAGCUUGUUGUCAAAGAGCUCAACCUGGACCAUGGGACAAGAGAAAUGAUACAGGAGCUCCUGAAUAACACCUGUCCCCAAUUUGUCAGUGGUCUCAUUGAGGCUGGGAGAUCAGAACUGGAGAAGCAAGUGAAGCCCGAGGCCUGGCUGUCCAGCGGCCCCAGCCCUGGACCUGGCCGUCUGCUGCUAGUGUGCCGUGUCUCUGGCUUCUACCCAAAGCCUGUCCAGGUGAUGUGGAUGCGGGGAGACCAGAAGCAGCCACACACUCGACAAGGUGACUUCCUGCCCAAUGCCGAUGGGACGUGGUAUCUCCGAGUUACCCUGGACGUGGCAGCUGGGGAUGCGGCUGGCCUGUCCUGUCGGGUGAAGCACAGCAGUCUAGGAGGCCAGGACAUCGUCCUCUACUGGGCUGGGAGCCACACCUCUGUGUACUUGAUCGUGGUGCUGGUGGUCCUGGCCUUACUGGGGCUCGGUGCAGGCUUAAUCUUCUGGUUUAGGAGGCGCUGCUCCUACCAAGGCAUCUUGUGACAGCUGCAUCUCUGGAACUCACGACCUCAAGUUCCCAGCACUACAGUGCUAGUUGGCUCAGCAGUUGAGGGUGAAAAGAGAAGUACCUCAAAGAAGCAGAGAGCAAUCACAGGCAGCUCUUGCAGCAUCCUCCUAAUAUUUACCGAAAAAUAAAUUUUCAUUAAUACUACAA